UCUCGUCGGGCUUGCCCAUUGAAUUGGCUAAUGACUAAAUAGCGAUCCCCGUCUGAAAUCACAAUUGUAGUUGGAGAGUGCGGAGCUGUCGAAAUAAAAUUCAUUGAGUGGCUCCACUUUUCUUUGAUACACUCUGCUAUAUGCAUGUGGCUGCCCCAAAAUCGUUCAUCGUUUCGUCACGCGCGUGUACGCGCACUUUUGUUUGCCUUACGAGACGGGCCGAGAGUUUGCUAGUCGUUAUCGCUUGCACCAAAUACAAAUACAGGUACGAUUCGCCGAGAUUUAUUGUUCGCACCGCAUCAGGAAGACAUUGCUGACCUUCACAAUCGCGUUUUGGCCGGAUAUGUUCAGUUGUUGAUUUCAUGCACAGAUCCACACUCCAGCCAUGGCGUGCGCAGAAAAUGUUCCGACCCGGUUCGUGCUGGGGAUCAUGAUUUUCUGGGGCGCCCUAACGGCGUUCGUCCUCAGAGCCAGUCUCAGCCUCAGCAUUGUCACAAUGGUCGGCAAGAGACCCAGGGGACAAAAUUCCACCGCAAAUGGCACUUCCACGACUGGAUGCGCAGUAGAGCCCGUCUUUCACAACACUUCAGCACUAUUUACAAACCUAACCGACCUAGGAGAGAACGAACUUCAGGAUGAAGCCGGCGAGUUUGAUUGGAGUGAGCAGCUGCAGGGAACCAUCCUGAGCUCUUUCUUCGUGGGCUACCUGUUUUUCCAGCUACCAGGCGGCCGCUUGGCAGAACUAAUCGGCGGCCGCAUUGUCUACGGCUUCACCGUGUUAAUUCCGUCCUUGCUGGCUGCACUCGUACCUUUGCUGACGCGCGUCCACUACGGAUACCUCAUCGCCAUCAGGAUUGGCCAGGGUCUCUUCCUGGGUGCCAUGUUCCCGACCGCUUCGGUCCUUGUCACCAAAUGGGUACCUUUGCAUGAACGAGCCAGAUUCAUGUCUACCUUUAACAUGGGUGGAACGUUAGGGUUGGCAUUGGUGAUGCCGGUCUGCGGCCUUAUCAUCGACUUGCUGGACUGGCCAGCGCUUUACUAUAUAACAGCGGCACAGGGUGUGAUUUUCUCGAUCUGCUGGUUCGCUUUAGUCCACGACUCACCAGACAAGCAUCCCAGAAUAACGCAGUUUGAAAAGAGACACAUUGAGCUGGGCCUGGUGAAAGGACCUGUCAAGAAACUGCCGAUUCCGUGGGUCAGGGUUUUGACGUCCCUCCAGUUUUGGGGACCCUUUCUCAGUUCCUUUGGAAGCGAUUGGGGCUUUUACACGUUCCUCACGCUUGGUCCCAAGUACAUGGCGAGCAUCCUCGGCGUUGACAUCAGAGAGAAUGGAAUUUUGUCGGCGCUUCCAUUUCUCUGCCGUUACAUAUUCGGUAUAAUCAUUGGAAUGAUUUUCGAUCUGUGCCUUCGGAGACGUUGGAUGGCGUUGGUGCACUUGAGAAAACUUGCUGUUUGUUUUUCGCACUUGAUGCCAGCGUUGGCACUUUUAGCUUUCCCACUAGCUGGAUGCAACACGACUUUGGCCGUUGCCAUUAUUUGUACUGCAAUGGGCUGCAACGGCGCCAUUACUUCGGGCCACAUCCAGGCUUACAUGGACGUGGCCCCCAAUUUUGCAGGAACGCUCGGGGGCCUGAAGAACGGUCUGUGUUCGCUGGCGGGCCUCCUUUCUCCGGUUAUCAUCGGCGCUAUACUGCAGCAAGACGCCAGUAUUGUCGGUUGGCGAAUUUCGUUUGCCUUGUCAGCCGUGAUUUUCGCCAGCUCCUGCGUCCUCUUCCUCGCCACUUACACGGGCAGGGUGCAGUCGUGGAACGAUUUGUCAGACCAGCGCGACAGAGAGGCGUCAAAACCUAUGCGCCCCAUUUUUAAAACUUAAAAAAGCAACUCAACUUUGAAUUUAAAAAAAAAAAAACCAAUGUGGGUUGAAUUUUAAUGUCAAGUUGAUUUUACAAAGGAAUUGGAAAAUUAUUAAAAGAAAAAUAGUAGCAGCUAUUUCGGCCCCGCAGGCCUCAGAUUUACCUCCAAAAUAAAAUAGAACGAAUGAAUGAGACCCAUCCGCCUGCACCUGCUUUCAUCUCUCAAACGAGCAGCGGAAUCGACAAACCCGCAACUUUAAAAAAUUCAAUGCUGAAAAUUACAUCCUGAAGGCUGCUAGCGGUGCCCAUUCAACAAUUUUUCGACACUUUUAUUUGUAGAAAAUAUUGUAAAAUCAAUUAAAUAACUGCCCCACUUGUCAAUAAAACAGAUUAUUAAUAACCGAACUGGU